AUGUCUGAUGAUAUAUCGAAGAGUCUCUAUGAGAGAAGGAGCGGUGCCCUCGUGUUUAAGGGCCGGGGAAGUUUGAAAGAUGAGAAGAAGAAGGAACGCAAAAAGAAGCACAGGAAGCGGGAGAGAGAAGGAGAUGAGUCAAGAGAAGACGAGGAGGGACUCGAGCUAGAGGAGGUUGAAGAGGUAGAAGGAGAAGGCCGCAUUGUUUCCAGCGGCAGCACAAUUCAGGGCUUUGAGACCAAAUUCAUGGAUCAGUGUGAAACAGGAGAUGUUUUAAUGAUCAAGCAUCCGCUCACACACCAGGUCGAAAGGCGGAUAAUCAGUAAAAUCAUGACAAAUCGCAGCAUGACUGUCUCUGACGGUUUCUCAACAGAUCUCGUCAGCACAACCACUUUUGCAAUCAGAAAGGAAGGAGCUAUCUUGCGCAAGAAGGCACAGAAAGCAGCCAGCCGCGACAGAAAGCGGCAAAAAGGUGAUUCCGACGGAGAUUUUGACAAGGUCAUUCAAGAUGAGGUCUCCAGACAGCUUCAGAAGAACCUGAAAAAAGCCGCCAAAAUUGUCACGGUUCGGGAAAAAACGGGUAUGUGGGGAUACAAGGUAGUUUCCCGAAAAGCAGACCACGAAUUGACUGCUGAAGAAAGACUGGACGAACGGUGCAAGCAAGGACGAGAUAAGUUUUGUUGGUGA